AUGGCCGCCGUUGCCAACGACGACGACACCAAGCUCACCAUCGUCCUCGGCCCGCCCGCCGCCUCGCCGGGGUCCAAGGAGACUACCUGCGCCUGUGGCGCGCUGCCCAGCACCGGCGGCGGCGACGACGUCACCGCCACGGCCGUGUCGUCACCGGCGCGGCGGGAGCGGGACGUCCAGUGGCUGCGCGCCGCGGUGCUGGGCGCGAGCGACGGGCUGGUCUCCACGGCGGCGCUCAUGCUUGGCGUCGGCGCCGCGGGCGACGACGACGACGACGACGACCUGCGCGCCGUCGCCCUCGCGGGCCUGGCGGGCCUCGUCGCGGGCGCCUGCAGCAUGGCCAUCGGCGAGUACGUGUCCGUGCACGCGCAGCUGGACGUCGAGCUGGCCGAGCUCGAGCGCGCCGGGGCAGCGGGCCGGGCUGCGGGGCUCCCGAGCCCCGGGCAGGCGGCGGCGGCCUCGGCGCUGGCGUUCGCGGCCGGGGCGGCCGUCCCGCUGCUCGCGGCGUGGUUCGUCACCGGCUACAGGGCGCGGGUGGCGGUGGUGGUGGCGACGGCGACCGCCACGCUGGCGGUGUUCGGCUCGCUGGGGGCCGUGCUGGGCCGCGCCCCGGGUGGCCGGGCCGGGCUGAGAGCCGUGGUGGGUGGGCUGGUGGCCAUGGGGAUCACAUAUGAGAUCAUGAAGCUGUUCAGAAUCCGUCAUGGAGAUUGA